AUGGUGUCCUCCGUGAGGAAGAUAUCAGUGGGGCCUCCCCCAGGAACCAAUAAAGAAAAAAGCAAAAGACUACUACCUGACUCUGUAGAAAUUACGCCCCCUGGACCCUUGUGCGCACAUUCAAAGCCACACAAAGCUUUUCGGACACACGGGGAUAAGUAUCGCUGGAUGUGCCAUCUUCAAAUCUCUGACCCCGUUUUGCUCCCCAUUGCUCAAAGUGGGACACGGUGGCACGUGCGUGUCCACGAAGGCACCGCGGUUGCCGAUACUGCGCUCUUUCGCAUGAAAGCUCAGAGUGCGCAGAGAAAAUUUCUGAAGGCCUCUGCAAAUAAAGCCAUGGCACCGGCCACAUCACCAGCUGUAGCACCUGCACCAGCUGCAACACCAACGACAGCUGCAGCUUCUACUCCAGUUGCAGCACCCACUCCAGCGCCAGCUGUAGCACCAGCUGCAGCUCCUGCUCCAGUGCCAGCUGCAGCACCGACCGCCAUCACCAGCCUCCAGCUCCUCCCUCACCGCAGCAGGAAAAGCAAGAUCCAACAGGGAAAUUGA